AGCAUUCGUUUCCCUCGUGUCAACUUUGCGGGCCAAUUAUCUGAUCUGGCGAGCUGCGCACCGGCGCAUCAUAGCUAAAAAAAAAAAACAAAAAAAAAAAAAGAAGUCCAGAGUCCUCGCUGAGGUCGCAACGGGCCCUUGCCCUUUUGACCCUUCCGGUUGAAAGUUCGGUGGCUGUGGUUCGUAUACCUCAUUUCUUCUUCAUCAAUUCUCACUUCUCGAGUAGGCCAUGAUUGCCACGCAGAGAAGUGUAUCGGGGUCUUCUCAGAGCCCUAGAUCUCCGUCUUCGCAAACGUAUCUUUCAGUCUCAGUGACUGAUCCUGUGAAAUUGGGCAAUGGUGUCCAAGCCUAUAUCUCCUACCGAGUUAUCACUAAGACAAAUUUACCUGAAUACCAAGGCCCAGAGAAGAUUGUUAUUCGACGUUACAGUGAUUUUGUUUGGUUACGUGAUCGUCUUUUCGAGAAGUACAAAGGCAUUUUUAUCCCUCCUCUUCCGGAGAAAAGUGCUGUAGAGAAGUUUCGUUUCAGUGCUGAGUUCAUUGAGAUGAGGCGUCAAGCUUUAGAUAUAUUUGUUAAUCGUAUAGCUUCGCAUCAUGAGCUCCAGCAAAGUGAGGAUCUGAGAACCUUCUUGCAGGCAGAUGAAGAGACAAUGGAGAGGUUAAGGUCACAAGAGACUGGUAUUUUUAAGAAAAAGCCAACUGAUUUUAUGCAAAUCUUCAAGGAUGUACAAUCUAAAGUGAGCGAUGUUGUUCUUGGGAAGGAAAAGCCAGUGGAAGAGUCAAAUCCUGAAUAUGAGAAGCUGAAGCACUACAUUUUUGAGCUUGAGAAUCACUUAGCUGAAGCUCAGAAGCAUGCAUAUCGUCUUGUAAAGAGGCACAGAGAGCUGGGGCAAUCUUUGUCAGACUUUGGGAAGGCAGUGAAACUCCUUGGUGCUUGUGAAGGAAAUUCUCUGGGGAAGGCAUUUUCUGAGCUUGGGACAAAAUCAGAGACAUUAUCAGUUAAGCUGCAAAAGGAGGCGCACCAGCUACUGAUGAACUUUGAAGAACCCUUGAAAGAUUAUGUUCGCGCUGUGCAAUCUAUUAAGGCAACUAUAGCAGAGAGGGCCAAUGCCUUUAGGCGACAAUGUGAACUGGCUGAAACAACAAAGUUGAAAGAGAUAAAUCUUAACAAACUCACACUAAUGCGUUCUGAUAAGGUGGGGGAGGCAGAGAUCGAGUAUCAGGAGUUGAAGGUAGAAAGCGAGGAAGCAACGAGAAUGUUUGAGAUAAUUGUACGACUGAUGAACGAAGAGAUUGUGCGCUUUCAGGAACAAAAAACUUUAGAUAUGGGGAUUGCUUUUCACGAAUUUGCAAAAGGACAGGCACGUCUGGCAAAUGGUAUUGCAAAUGCUUGGCGUAGUCUUAUUCCUAAGCUUGAAGUCUGUUCCUCCUCUUGAUAAAAGAAUUCCAAAAAUAGAGCAUAGUCAAUAUCCACUUUAGUGAUGAUUGCUAGGAAACAGACCAAGGUACUCGUUCACUUGGGUUGUUUCUCACGGAUGAGAGGGCCAGCUCUUACCGUGGAAAAACUUCACCUUUCGGCUGAUUCCGCUCUUCUGGUGUUGCACGAGAUUGUGCUGGUUUUUUUUUCUUUUUCUUUUUUUUUUCCCCCUUAAAAAGAAAUGUACAAAUUCAAAUCUAAGUAGGAAAGCAGGUCAAUCUUCUGAACGUCGAUUACAUGGAAAAACUUUCCAGUUUUUUGUAUUUCUUUCA